CCAUGUCUUCGGUAGCCGCUGCGGAACCCGAGCGGGACCAGCCGGACGGGCACGUCACCAAGCUCCUUUUCUUCCUCUUUGUGUUCGGGGCCACCCUCCUGUGCGUGGGGGUCCUGCUGUCCGUCUUCGGGUACCAGGCGUGCCCGUACAAGCCGGCCCCCACGUGCAGCGCGGCGCUGAGGGCGGCCGGGCCCGCGUGCGCGGCGGUGGGGCUGGCGCUGGCGGUCCUGGCGCGCUCGCGGGCGCGGCUGCGGCUGCGGGCGGGGCGGCGGGGAGGCGCCCGGGCCUUCGCGUGCGGGGAGAGCCGCCAGUUCGCCCAGUGCCUCACCUUCGGCUUCCUCUUCCUGACCAGCGGCCUGCUUAUCAGCAUCCUGGGCAUCUGGGUCCCCGGGUGCGGCUCGGACUGGGUGCCGGAACCCCUGAAUGACACGGACACCGCGGGCGCCGAGCCCCCGAUCUGCGGGUUCCUCUCUCUGCAGAUCACGGGCCCCUUGGUUGUGCUGGCGGGGUUGUGUUUCUUCGUGGUGGCCCACGUGAAGAAGAGGAGCGGCUCCAGGCGCACGGGGGGCCCCGUCGAGGGCGCGGAGGCCCCCGCGCAGGGCCCGGAGCCGGUGCAGGUCACUGUGGGUGACUCGGUGAUCAUAUUCCCGCCUCCUCCACCACCUUAUUUCCCCGAAUCUUCCGCUUCUGCCGCAACUCGAAGUCCUGGGGCUCACAGUGUGCUUCCUUCUGAAAACCCGCCUUCAUAUUACAGUCUUUUUCACCAUAGGACCCCAACUCCCGAGAGCGAGGGCGCGGCCCCCGCGGCAGGGCCCGAGGCCGUGUUCACCAUAUCCGGGGCUCGCGCGCUCUCGGAGGCGUCGCCCCCUCCUCACCUCGCGCCCGACUCGCCCCCCCGGAUGGAGGAGAAGGAAGCCCCCGCGGACCCCGCCCCGGCCCCGCCCUCCGCACCUUCUCCACCGUGA